AUGGGGGCCCGCUCGGUCUGCAACGAUCACAGAACAUCAGCAUCGACGGCAAGGAGAGGAAGUCUCUCUAUCGGCUUCUUCUUCGACCGACCGGCCGUCGAGGUCAAACGGUCGAGGAAGAUUCUCGCGGAGGACGAGCAGAAGAGGAGAAAGUGGACCGCACAUCUAAUCGGCGUUCGCCAUCGUUUUUCUGUCGCAGAUCCGAUCGGAGCCUACAUCUACUAUCACGAUGGUCUCAUCGCCACGGCCUGGAGCAACAAGGCAGCAUCAAUCACGGGUAACCGGGGCAUCAAUCAAUCGACGGGACGACGCGGGAGGAUCAAGAUCGACGGGUGUAGCCGGAAACGAGCGUCAAGCGAAAGCCAGCUGUCCAGCGAGGAACCAAACCAUGGACGGAUAACGAGUAACCCUGUUCAAGGCGAUCUCGCGUUCCUCGAUGAUCGGGGGAGAUCGUCGGAGAUGACGAAACAACGACGAUCGCGCAAUUCUUCGAUUCACGCUCUCACAUCUCACACAAGCUUUUAUUAUCACUCGCAGAAUUAUACGUCUGUUAAAUCGUUACGUUAUUACUAUAUUGAGGAAUUUGUUGAAUUUUUCUCGCGUUUCUUCAAACGUUCUAUCUCGCAUUUUAUACGUUGCACAAGAGGCGAAAACAGGCUUUCACGUGUCUACCCGGCCAGCCUGAAGAGAAUCUAUUGAUUUUACCUAGCACACAUUUGGGAAAGAAAAACACAAACCUUCGAACGGAAGCACCCUUCGUCGAAGGAUACAAAGUUUCGCGAAUUCAUCGAGAACGAAAUCUUCCGAUAUCGAGAGACACCAAGGCAGCACAUUUUUGUUUUCACCGGGCUCAAUCACACACAUUCUCCGUCUCAAGAAAGUUUUUAUUCCAUUCAGUCGGACGGACGAAUCAUCGGACGUCAAUCGUCGAACGUUAAAAUUUGGACGAUCGACAAAAUUCGAAGAAAUUCAAAUCAAUCACCUGGCUGACAAUCAAAUGGCUGCACCUGUUUAUUCUCGCCAAACCGAAAGCAACCUUUCCAAAAUAACGCAACAUGUGUGAAUCGUCAAAAACAGCAAGACUUGGAAACGCGUUUCACAUUAACACAUCACCGUGUUGCUUCAAAAAGCAACGACAAUGAUGAACAAAGUAUCAUUCUCUCUCUGCAAGCUUUUCCGAAAUUAUCGAGAAAUCAUCGAAAAAAAACGUGAGACUCACUUCAGGAUUAUUUUACAGCUAUUUCCAAAAAGAAAGCAUCAUUAAGCAUAAAAAUAAUCGUAGCAUGCUCUGUUUCGCAUCGCGCGAAAUUCUGAAUUCUGCUUCGCUCUCGAAAUUGGAUUCGAAAAGGACGAAACGUCUUCCCCUCUCUCUUUUUCCUCAUGAAAGGAUCACGGCAUGGACGGAAUCGACUCCUCCAAUUCCGGCAACUCAUCGACACACUCGUCGCAUGCAAGUGCAAGUCUCGCUAUCUGGAAUAAUUUCGCAGAACGUUAUUAAGACACAAAAAUAAAACCACGGCCGCAGCACAGGCCGCGCCUUUUCAAACUCUGGUUUAAGUUCUUGUAUCAAUUUACAGCAGAGAAAAAAAAUCCGUUCACACUUCCCGCAACAAUUCUUUUUUACACGCGCUGCAAUCUCGCGCAAUCUCGACGAGCAAAAGGAAGUAUCAAUGUGAAUUUCAAAUCUGUUUCUCAGGAACGAUAAUUAUCGAUAAUUGUUUGAACGUACAGCGACUUUACGUGCAACAGCUCCACAAGAUUAUAUUUUGAUUAUUUCACGAUUCAAAGAGAAGACGUCACACACACGUCUGAUAACACAAGGCUUCAGAGCAGAUCAAAAGCAAAGUGCAAAAACACGCAGAUAAAUUAUAUCGUGCAGCUCGAAAACAACACUGCACGGAUCAACUAAACAGACCGGAAAAUCAAUCCUCCAGAGUUCACUUUGGCUGGAGGGACAAUUGAUGACUCUCGAUCGAAAUUUGUAAAUUAUUUCGAAUCGACGAGUCGACGCACCGAUUAAUUUUUGACAUUUUUGGGUUUAAUUCAUGUUUACCGAAAAACAAAGCAGCGCUCGAAACAGAUAGUCUCAAAAACACACGCAAAUUCGUUAACAAAAUCUCAGGGAAGUGAGCAGAAAAAAAUGUGACAUUUGCGAAACACGCGAUGUCGUUUCAGAAAUCAAUCAUUCGCAAUCGAGUUAAUUUUUACGAUGCUCGAUUAUAUCGUUAUUUUUGCGGAUUAAGUUAAUUAUACGCAAAACAGUCCAGACACGCGGAGUCCUUUUUGGUCCAAUACAAGGAUAACUUCGAAAACAGCUAGAAAUUGCCAACACAAACUUGGCGAAGUAACUUCUGUCACCACAUCACGAAAGCGAACAAUGAUAAAUUUUUGUGCACGCGGCUCUGUAGCGGCAUAAAUUCAUUUCUUAACCCGAAAUUACGUUCAACGAGCAAAAAAAACCGAACACGAAAAACUCUACGCAGAAAAAUACACAAGAAACCAUAUACUCGGAAUAAACUCUCAAGUAACUCUCUAAUAACUCUACAUGGCUUUACAUCAAAUCGAUAUCAAUCGAUGCACGAAGAUUCAAAUAACAAAUAUGAAGAUGAUAAAAAAAAAA